UUUAGGAGUUUAUAUGAAUGUGUGUGCGUAUAUAUAUUAUCUUGGUAAAUUUCACUUGAUUGAUUAUGCUUUUGUAGAAACAGCUUAAGCUUUUUAGUCUGCAGCUAUGUCCAGGAACUUUGAAUCGAUGCUGACGAAAGUCUAAAGAUCCUCAAGGCGAAGGCAAAUCUCCCGGAGAUUUCUCCUCGGCAACGACACGGAACCCAAGUCGGUCUUCUUUUGUCUCCUCCUUUGUUUCUGCCUUCCUAUAUCAGCUUCUUCGUCUUCCUGCCUUCUGUUCAAAGAUUUGACCUUGAUCGGUUUCAGUGAUCCGAAUCGCGUUUCGUCGAGACGGGUCUUUCUUAUUUUCUCACCAGAAUCGUCAGGUGUGCUUUCUCGUCGGCUUAGAUCUCUGUUCCGUUUCUGGGUUUUUUUCUCUUUGCAGGUUAUUUUUCCAGGAAAAAAGUUUUGUGGGGUUGGGGGUUUCGUGAUUUGCUUGAUUCCGUGUCACGAGUUCCGAUAUUCAGAGAUCUUGAUUUCCUUCCUUCUGGGUUUGUGGGUGUCAAGUUAUUCAUGUUCUUGACAUCAAUGAUCCGCGAGAUCCAGCAACUGGAAUCAGCUCAGGUGUGUCAGUUUGCGAACAUGGCGGUCUGUUGAUUGGUCUUCUGGUUCUCAAUGUCUACGCCGAGGUUUAUUCGGUAUCGGAUUCGUUAGGGUUUAUGUCUCGGUUCAUGUAGAUGGAUGGAUUGAGCAAGUGAUAGAUUAGGUAUGAGCACGUUAAGAGCUCUGGCUCUUGGAUUACUAUCGUUUGCCCUACUGGCUUUGGUUUCUGGUGACAACGAAUACGUGAGCUGCAACUGCGAUGACGAAGGGCUGUUGAGUGUUCAUACGAUUCUGGAAUGCCAGAGGGUAAGCGAUUUCCUCAUCGCCAUCGCCUAUUUCUCGAUUCCCCUCGAGCUCCUCUACUUCAUCAGCUUCUCGAACGUGCCAUUCAAAUGGGUUCUCGUCCAGUUCAUCGCCUUCAUCGUGCUGUGCGGGUUAACCCACUUGCUGAACGCGUGGACGUAUUAUGGACCGCACUCUUUCCAGCUGAUGCUAUGGCUCACAAUCUUCAAGUUCCUCACGGCUCUCGUCUCAUGCGCCACCGCCAUCACGCUGCUGACUCUGAUCCCCCUCCUGUUGAAAUGGAAGGUCCGGGAGCUUUACCUGAAGCAGAAUGUGUUGGAAUUGAACGAGGAGGUCGGGAUGAUGAAGAAGCAGAAGGAAAUGAGUAUGCACGUGCGGAUGCUGACUCGUGAAAUCAGGAAGUCCCUCGAUAAGCACACGAUAUUGCGGACCACUCUCGUCGAGAUCUCCAAGAUUCUGGACUUGCAGAACUCUGCUGUGUGGUUGCCAAACGAGAACAGAACCGAGAUGCAUCUGACUCACGAGCUGAGAGCGAAUCCAUUGAGGAGUUUCAGAUCAAUCCCGGUUAACGAACCUGGUGUUCUUCAGGUGCGAGAGACUAAAGUAGUGACAAUCCUGGGGAAAGAUUCUGUGCUCGCGGUUGAGAGCAGUGGCGGUGCCGAAGGGUUUGGUCCAGUGGCGGCAAUCCGGAUGCCCAUGCUCCACGGCUCGAAUUUCAAAGGAGGGACUCCCGAGUUUGUGGAUACUUCUUACGCCAUAAUGGUUUUGGUACUUCCGGACGUAAAUUCGCGGGAUUGGAGCGAGAAAGAGUUGGAGAUAGUGGAGGUGGUUGCCGAUCAGGUAGCCGUUGCUCUAUCGCAUGCCUCGGUUCUCGAAGAAUCUCAGCUGAUGAGGGAGAAGCUCGGUAUUCAGAACCGAGCCUUGUUGCGGGCUAAGCAGAAUGCCAUGAUGGCUAGCCAAGCAAGACACACUUGCCAGAAAGUGAUGAGCCAUGGAAUGAGGAGACCCAUGCACACGAUCUUGGGCCUUCUUUCGAUGUUUCAGUCGGAAAAUAUGAAUCAUGAUCAGAGGAUCAUCGUCGAUGCAUUGGUGAAAACGAGCACGGUCCUAUCGACCCUGAUAAACGAUGUGAUCGACAUAUCUCCAAAAGACAACGGGAAAUCUCCCUUGGAGAUAAAGCGGUUCCAUCUGCAUUCCCUGAUAAGAGAAGUGGUUUGUGUGGCUAAGUGCUUGUCUGUCUACAAAGGGUAUGGGUUCGAGAUGGACAUUCAGACCCGUCUCCCGAAUUUAGUCGUGGGCGAUGAGAAGAGGGCGUUCCAGCUGGUCUUGUACAUGCUCGGCUAUGUCUUGGAUAUGCAAGAUGGGGGCAAAAUCGUGGCGUUACGGGUUAUCUCCGAGAGUGGCAGCGGUCAGGACAAGAACAGAAGAGAGACGGGAAUGUGGAAAUCUCACGUGACAGACGACUGUGUUGGGGUGAAGUUUGAAGUAGACAUCAAUGAUAAAAAUCCGCAAUCGGAUGGCUCGUAUAUCGCUACGAGGCAUUUCCCGGGCACAAGAUACAAGAGCAAUGGUAUCAAGGAGGGUUUGAGCUUAGGGAUGUGUAGAAAACUUGCACAGAUGAUGCAAGGUAACAUAUGGAUAUCGCCCAAAUCGCGUGGACAGCACCAGAGCAUGACACUGGUUCUGAGGUUCCAAACCCGACCCUCGGUAAGAAGAGCCGUCUUAGGAGGACCGGACCAAAGCCCGAACCCGAACUCCAACACCCAUCUGCGGGGUCUGCGCGUUACGCUGGCUGACGACGACGACGUGAACAGAACCGUGACGAAACGGCUGCUGGAGAAACUCGGGUGCGAAGUGACGGCUGUAUCGUCGGGGUUCGAGUGCUUGAGCUCGCUGGCCAACGCGGAGAUGGCGUACAGGGUGGUGAUAUUGGACCUGCAGAUGCCGGAGAUGGACGGGUUCGAGGUGGCGGUGAAGGUGAGGAAGUUCAGCCGCGGGAGUAGGUGGCCGUUGAUCGUGGCCUUGACGGCCAGCACGGAGGAUCGCGUGAGGGAGAGGUGCCUGCAGAUGGGCAUGAACGGUUUGAUCCAGAAGCCUGUUCUCUUGCACGUCAUGGCCUCCGAGCUCAGACGCGUUCUUCAGAAUUCUGGCGAAUGACGGAUGAAGAAAUCGAAUUGUUUUGUGUUAUACAGUGAAGUAUAGAGAUGGAAAUUUUGGGAGGGGUUUUAUAUUAUUAUAUGCGACCGCAUUAAUUGUAACGAAGUUAUGUUAUUGAUGAAAUAUUACACAUCGCAUGGCAUUACAUAUCCA